AGAUGGAUCCGAGUAGUCCGAUGUUUCAACACAUGGUUCAGCAACAGCAGCAAAGCCAACAAAGGAUGAUGGAAUUGCACGAAAGAAACGAUAGAGAGAAGUUGGCAAGAAAAACUGAAAAAGAGCGUGAAGAGGAGAGGAGAAAACAAGAAGAUGACAAAAUACUGCAAUUGGAAAAGAAAUUGGAAGAAUUCCAAGAAAAUGCGAGAUUCAUCGGAGAUCUUGCUUCCAAUUUUCAAACAAAGUAUCAAGACGCUCUAAAUGGCCGGAUAUACACACUAGUUAGAGGUUUGCAGGAUCUAGAUAGAAUGAAAGGAACUUUUAGUGAUAAGAAGGUUCCAUUGGAUCUUUUACCAUAUCUUGAUGAUGGAAAAAAUCCAUGUCUGUAUUCGAAACAUUGUAUGGAGAAAACCUUGGAAAAGAAUAAAGCGGUGAAUGGCAAGAUUGAGAUUUACAAGAAAUUCCGUGCCCAUUUGAUGAAAGAAUUCAGUGAAGAAAUGCCUGAUCUCGUUAUGUACUACAGAAGCAUCAGAGAAGAUCUCGAUUUAUCAUAACAUGCUCAUUUUUUAUAUUUUUUAAAUCUCGGGUAUUAUUUAUCAAUUGAAUAUAUAUUUUUCUUGAAC